AUGCUGGAGCCGCUGCGCAAAGAUAGUGACGAUGGUGGUGUCUACUGUGUCCAGUUCUGCCGGCUGGACCUCCCAGCUGUCGUCGACCGAGUCUGUAGCAGCAAAGUGCACACGCUCGAGCUGCACAGCGUCGGCCUCACGCACGCCGCGCUGCAGACGCUUGCGAACUCGCUGUCACGGUGCCCAUCGCUCACGACCCUCGACUUGGGAGGCAACCCUCUCGUCGGCGACGACGGCGCACGCGCCAUCGCCGACGCGCUGCGACCUGCGUGCGCUGUCACCACGCUGGCGCUGGACGGUGGCCGCAUCGGCGACGCCGGAGGCACGAGUCUGGCUCGCCUUCUCGGCGCCCCGGCCAGGCCGCAGCAGAUGCUGAGCGCAUUCAACUCCCAACUAGCUCCGCAUACGUUGCUGCUGUAUCAAUUGCACCACGAGCGAGUCGCCGCAGUCGGCAGCACUCGGCAGCAGUUGGCAGCACUCGCUGCGCCCGCCCCCUGCGAGUUGACUCUGCAGCGCAACUGCAUCGGCAACGCGGGCGCCGCCUCCCUCCUCGACGCGGCCGAGGGCGGCACCUGCCGGGUCGACCUCAAGUUCAACCUCGUGACCAGAGACCGGCUGCUCCAGCGCAUCGCCGAGAGGGCGGAGGCGCUGGGCGGGCCGCUUCGGCCUCCGGUCGCGAGGGUGGCAACGGGCGGGGAGCAGCACUGGCGGAGGGCGAGCGGCGGACCGGAGGGAGCGAUGGGCUCCUUCUCAUCGCCGCAACAGCUCGCCGUGGCCCUGUUCGAGCGGCGCGUGGCGGCGGAGGUCGAGGCGCGGUCGGCGGAGUGCGAGGCGAGGGCCGUCGAGGUGGAGUGCGCGCGACGGCGGCUCGACGGGCAGCGCCGGGAGCUGCAGCAACGUGCGCGGCUUGUGGAGGAAGGGCGGCGGGCGGCGGCGAUCGAGGCUUCCCGCCAAAGGGCCGAGGUGGAGAGGGAGCGCAGGCGUGUCGACGAGGCGCGACGAGCGGCUCAGAACGGCGCCGAGGAGGCUGCAUUGCUGGGCCAGCUGCAGCAGGAGGAGGGCGAGCGGGCGAGGGGCCUCGCGAGGGCCCUCUGCGCGGAGCUCGAGGCGAGCCCGCACUUGCGGGGGAGCGACCUCGACGACGCGGCACAGGCCUUCCUGCAAGGGCUGUCGUCGCUCGAGAGCGCGCCACCUCCCGCUCUCACCGCCCCGCCAGCAGAGUCGGAGGCGGAGCGACCCCUCAAUGCACCCGAAGCGGAGCGGGCGGCGGCUGCGGCCGCAGAGCGCGGCGCGUCAGAGGCGGUCACCGCCGCUCCGGAGGUGCGGGUGCUCUCUGAGCUGAAGCUGGAGCGGCAGCGUCGGCAGGAUCAGGCGGAGCUGGCGCGGCUGCUGGCGCAGUGGGCCGAGCAGGAGGCGGGAGGAGGAGCUCGGGCUGCGGCGAGCCGCCCGUUGGAUGACGCCCAUCGGCGCGGAUUUGUGUCAUGCCGCAAGGAAAGGCGGUCGGCGUCGCGCGGCGAGAGCGGGACGGGGAUUGCUCGCUCGGCGAGCCUGUCGAAAGGAGGCGUGGCGCGCGCGUGCGAGCGGGCGGCUAGGACCAUCGGCCCUGCGCUGCUCUUCUUUGGCCAGAUGGCCGUCGGCCUGCGCAGCGGCGGCGAGGGCGUCGCCACCGCGCUGCAGCUGUACUGCGACUCGCCCCAGCUCAAAGACCGCGCUGUCAUUGUCGUAAGGUAA